AUGAUAAACACCAGCCACAUCAUUGUUCUUCAAAGCUCUACGGGACAAGUUGGUGGAAAACAAAGAUAUGGAAUCAACAGUGUGUCAUUUAAACCAUCUGAUGACAUCCAGCUAAAACUCGCAGAUUAUUUCAACAUCGGAGGUGUUUUCCGCAUCGGAAGCAUCUCUGAUAGACCCAAUGGCGGCAGGCUUUAUACAGACAUGUUGGUCAUGGGAGCUGAUUACAGAGCUUUUGUUGAGAUUGUAUUUGAAAACCCUUCCGAUAUUGUUCUCAGUUAUCAUAUCGAUGGCUUCUUCAUUGUCGGAAAAAAGGAUGGAUGGAGGAGAAUGGACACAAGCAACCAAGCAGGUUACAACCUUCGAGACGGAGUUGCACGGAGUACGAUCCAGGUGUACCCAAAAUCAUGGUCGGCGCUUUAUGUUUGA